AUGGACUUUCUCAAAUCUGCCGUCGCCUCGGCGAUGGCAAAGGGGAGUUCUCUUCCCUUUUCGCUCGGAGAUCGUGUUGAUGCGAACGAUACCUUGUGGACAUUACACAAUGCGACCAAGCGGGACGAUAGUACAAAUUGCAGCGUGUUCACAUUCGAUAUCAAUGCAAACAAGUCUCGUCUACCCCUAGCCAAAAAUGCGAUGCGCAAGUUCCGAACACUCAGACACCCUGGUGUAAUCAAAGUUUUGGAUACAAUCGAAACGGAAUCCCAUAUAUAUAUUGUUACCGAAAGAGUUGCCCCUCUUUCUUGGGCAGUGAAGCGCAACAGUGUUACCGAAGAAACGGCAAAAUGGGGGAUAUAUACUGUGGCUUCAACACUCAAAUUCAUAAACGUAGAUGCUUCUUCCGUGCAUGGCGCCGUUCGAGUAUCUUCUAUCUAUACGAGUGAAAGUGGAGAGUGGAGAUUAGGCGGAUUUGAUAUUCUAAGCUCGAUGAACGACGACGAAGCCAUAAUCUACACAUACGGCAGCUUGGUUCCUGACUCUGCGCGUUACUCGCCUCCGGAAAUCAACAAAGGUGGUUGGGAGAUCAUCAAGCGUAACCCACUGGCUGCAGUCGACUCAUAUGGGCUGGGGAGUUUGGUAUAUGAAGUCUUUAAUGGAAGCUUCACUGGUGCAGACCAAGUUGGCAAGACAACCAAUAUACCCCCAAGUAUGCACCAGAGUUAUCGAAGAUUAUGUGCCGCGAAUCCUAAAUUGCGGCUCAGUGCUGCCAAUUUUGUUGAACAAGGAAAGAAGAUUGGCGGGUUUUUUGAGACUCCAUUGAUCCGCCUGACCGAUGAUAUUGAGAGCAUGGGAUUGAAAAGUGAAGUGGAAAGAGACCAAUUCUUAAAUGAAUUAGACUCGAUCUCGGAGGACUUUCCAGAGGAUUUUUUUAAGAUGAAAGUCUUGCCUGAGCUUCUGAAAUCAGUGGAAUUUGGCGGUGGCGGCCCUAAAGCUCUCACUGCCGUCAUCAAGAUAGGAACCAAGCUCACAGACGAUGAAUAUGCCUCGCGCUUGAACCCCGUUAUUGUUCGAUUAUUUGCGAACCCAGACCGCGCUAUUAGGACAUCUGGAUUUACCGACGUUGCCCCUGUUGUUCGAGAACAGACCGUCAAGGCUGUCUUGACUGUUAUUGGGAAGUUGUCUGAUAGAGUGAUUAAUGGCGAAUUACUUCGGUUCUUGGCUCGUACUGCCAACGACGAGCAACCUGGCAUUCGAACAAAUACAACGAUCUGUUUGGGAAAGAUUGCAAAAAGCCUUUCACAAGGGACGAGAUCGAAAGUGCUCAUUGCAGCAUUUUCACGCUCGGUGCGUGAUCCUUUCGUGCACGCACGAAACGCUGGUUUAUUAGCCUUCGGAGCAACACUAGAAUGCUUCGCAGAGGAUGACUGUGCCAGCAAGAUUAUGCCAGCUAUCUGUCCCGCAUUACUCGACAAAGAAAAACUUGUCCGAGAUCAGGCAAACAAAACACUUGAUCUGUACCUACAACGUGUCCGGAAGCAUGGCAAUACCAUGGCUGACUCGGUAUUACCACCUCCCAGCGCUGUUGAUACACCUUCAGCAAACAAUACGAAUGUCGCACGAAUCGGGACGUCUAAUGAUACAUCAUGGGCGGGCUGGGCAAUAUCUUCAUUUACCAAUAAAUUAACCGCCGCAAAUGGCGAGAUACAACCGAACGGCAACGGCAAAACACCCGCUCGGCCGUCAUCUGUACCUCAGCCUACCACUAUUGCUCCUACAAAUGAACCAGCUCGACAUGCGAUGUCGAGUCUGCAAGUUGAGGCACCUGCAUUAGUGCGAGCAGCUUCAGACACAGCAGCGCAAACGACUGAAGAUCUGGUGACUUUCGAUGACGACGAAUGGGGUGCCGAUGCUUGGGACGAAGGUGGCGGCGAAACGGAGACAGGAUUCGACGAGGAUCAAUUCUUUGAUGCAGGGAAUAGCUCAGCUCUGACAUCACCCGCUCCUGCUACGACGACGACGGCGGCGGUGCCUUAUGACGAUGGCGGCGAGCCGGACUUUGCGGGCUGGUUGGCAGCGCAAUCGAAAGCAAAAGCAAAGAAACCUUUGCCCAAGGGCCUGAACAAAACUGGUUCUUCAAAGGAUCUCCCUGUGCGUUCUGCAGAUGUCUCGCGUACUACGACAUCACGGGCGCCUGCAAAACCUGCAAAGGUCAUAGAUACAACGCCCAAGGACGAGGGUGAGGAGGAUGGCUGGGGAGAUGCAUGGUGA